UGAUCGGAAUGCCGCAUGGCACUGUUUAACGUUGGAUUUGUGUUUACAUAUUUUGCUAAUGUUUUUAUGGAGGAUAUGUGAUAUUUAGAUGAUUACAUUUAUUUAAUUUUGUACUCAUAUACAUUAUAACAAUGGCACAAGUCUCGUUCCCCUUUAAAAAAACAAACAAAGCUAUAUUUAAAAAACCUGCAUCAGUUCUUACUCACGAUAUCAUUUACUGGAAAAAACUUGGUCUACCUGUUCUCGUAAAAGAAUUCGGUGCUAUUGACUAUUUAGACUUCAGCCCGGUCGAACCUUACUAUUUUGCAGCAACAUGCUCAGUAAGAGUUCAGGUUUAUGAUCCAGUCACAAAAGUGGUAGCAAAGAAUAUUUCAAAGUUUGUUGAAGCUGCUUAUGGAGGGUGUUUCAGAGCUGAUGGAAGAUUAUUGGUGGCUGGUAGUGAAGAGGCAGCUGUUAAGCUCUUUGAUGUACAAUCAAAAAAUGUACUUAGAGUUUUUACUGGUCAUACAGGCCCUGUCCACAGAACUUUCUUCACGAAAGAUCAGCUAAAAAUAAUUAGUUAUUCUGAUGAUAAAUCAGUGGGAUUAUGGGACAUAUCUACAGAAGAAAGAAUAGCAAAUUUUAAUGAACACACAGACUAUAUUAGAGCAGGAGCUGCCAGUCCAAUUUCUCCAGACAUUAUUUUAUCAGGAAGCUAUGACCAUACAGUAAAAUUAUAUGACUGCAGAUCAAAUGAAACUAUUAUGACAGUAAACCACGGAAGCCCUGUGGAAUCUACAUUAUUUUUACCUUCAGGUGGCAUUUUUAUUAGUGCUGGAGGUACUGAAAUAAAAGUAUGGGAUAUUUUCAAUGGUGGGAAACUUUUAUCCAAUAUUUCGCAACACCACAAAACAGUCACAACAUUGAGACUAGCUAGCAACAACAGCAGAUUAAUGUCAGCAUCUCUAGACAGACAUGUAAAAAUAUAUGACGUAUCUACAUUCAAAGUUGUGCACAAUAUAGAUUUCCCAAAUGCAAUAUUAAGUAUGGCCAUAUCUGAACAUGAUGACAUUUUAACAGUCGGCAUGAUUGAUGGUAUAAUUUCUAUAAGAAAACGAGAGGAGCCAGUCAGACAAUCUGAAAAAAGAAAAAAUCUAUUAAAAUUCAUCCCUGAUCACACCAGUCAAACAAAAGCGGAUACUGUGGAGGUUGCAAAUGAAGUGAAAAUUAAUAAAAAACAGAAACUUCCAGAUUGUGAUGUCCUUAUCAGAAAAAUGCAAUUCAGCAAAGCACUAACAGUUGUUCUCAGGCCAUACAUAUCUGUGAAAUACCCGGAAAAAACUACAGCUGUCAUUCAAGAAUUGCUUAGAAGAGAAGUUUUAAGAGUAGCCAUUGAAAACUUAGAAGAAAAAUUUAUUGGCCUACUGCUUAAAUUCCUUAUCUCCAAAUUGGGAGAAACAAGGUUUACUAGGACAAUUGUUGAUGCUACCAAUGUUUUCAUAGACAUAUUUGAAGGCAAAAUUAACAUGUUUUCUCCUGAAAAUCUUUACCUCUACAAGUGUUUAUUCAAACGUGUAGAAUCAGAAAUAAAAGUGUGUAAAAGUAUAGCUGAACUAGAAGGAGCUAUAAACUUAAUAAUGGCUGGAGCUCAAGUGUCCAAUACUGAUGUUUAUGAACUAAAUGACACAAUAGCACCCUCUACAAAAGCGCAGAAAGAUAUUGUGAUUGAUGUAUAAAAUUUUAAAUAGAAAUAUAUAUUAUUACAA